UUAUUGCAUAUUCAUAAACCCAGAGCAUCCUUCCCUCCACCUCCCCCAACCCUUUCUGCAGUCUGUUUGUUUACUCGGAAAAUGGCCACAACAGAUCCAAAUCUCAGAACCUCGACUUCCAUAAACGAGUUGACCACAGCACUGCACCACCCAGAUUCCCAAAACUCAAACCCAUGCUUUCUCUGGAGACUCUUUCUAGAACACUACCCACCUGGUUUUCUCAGAAAGGUGGUAGCAGAGGUAAUAGCAACCUAUCUGUUGGUGUUUGUGACAUGUGGGUCUGCAGCUCUGAGUGCGAGUGAUGAACAGAGAGUCUCAAAGCUUGGAGCAUCGGUUGCAGGUGGACUGAUAGUCACAGUUAUGAUCUAUGCAGUGGGUCACAUCUCCGGCGCACACAUGAACCCUGCUGUCACUCUAGCUUUUGCUGCUGUUAGGCAUUUUCCAUGGAAACAGGUCCCACUAUACGCAGCAGCCCAACUAACAGGAGCAAUUGGAGCUGCAUUUACGCUGCGUGAGCUGCUGUACCCGAUCAAGCAUUUAGGCACUACAACUCCUUCUGGAACCGAGAUUCAAGCUUUGGUCAUGGAGAUAGUCGUAACCUUUUCAAUGAUGUUCAUCACCUCUGCUGUUGCCACUGACACUAAAGCUAUAGGAGAGCUAGCAGGCAUAGCAGUUGGUUCAGCAGUAUGCAUAACUUCCAUCUUGGCAGGACCAGUAUCAGGUGGCUCUAUGAACCCAGCAAGGACUCUAGGGCCAGCGAUAGCCAGCGCUGACUACAAGGGGAUUUGGGUGUAUGCGGUUGGGCCAGUAUCAGGCACACUACUGGGGACAUGGUCCUAUAAUUUCAUUCGGGUCACAGAGAAGCCAGUGCAAGCAAUAUCUUCUCACUCAUAUUCACUCAAACUAUGCAGAAUGAGGAGCAAUGCUGGGGAGAUUUCCAGCAAAGAUCCUCUUAAUCAUGUGUAAUAAGACUCAAUCUAUAAAUGAUGAUGAAUACUAUAAGCUAAUAAGCCUAUGGCAUUUAGUUUGCCCUUGAUGCCCAUAAGAGCUUGUAUCUGUUGUACGUUUUAUAUCUACAUGCAUAUGAUGUAUUACAGUA